AUGGUGAAUCAAGGAGAUGAUGAAGAAAAGAAGACUGUGAUACUAAGACACACGGAUAGAAAAGGAGAUCUGGUGAGUGAUGUUGUUGAAGAAUUAAUGGAGAAGAAGAUGAAUAUUGUGGAUCAGGGAGUUAGAUAUCAGGAAUCAGUUACAGGAGUUUAUCUUGUUGCUUGUAUCUAUACAUCCAGAGAUGUUACAUUCAAGGGAGUCAUCGGGGUAUUCGCAAAGGUAUGGGGUAAACUUAUCGUAACAUUUUUAUGGUGUCUUCUCAUCGUGGUUAUAUACACUGGCGUCGCAGUUGGAUUGUUCCUUUGGUUUUUCGUCAGCGUCAAUGAUGAACGUCAAGGGGGAAAUAAAGUUUUGAUAUUUGGUAUUUGUCUAUUCGUCCCUUUCUUUAUUGGACUAAUUUACAUGGAGAAUGUUUGGAGUGUUGCAAUUGUAAUGUCGGUAUUGGAAAACGUUUGCGGUAGGAAAGCACUGGGAAAGAGUAUGAAAUUGAUCAGAGGUAAAAUAUUUGCCUCUUCUGCUGUUUUUCUAACACUUCAUAUCGCUUCUGCUGGUGUUAUAUUCGCAUUCUCAUUACUGGUGGUUUACGGAUUCUUGUCGAGUUUAGUGGGUAAGAUAUUCGUGGGAAUAGCUUGUUAUUUGGUGCUUAUGGUUUUGAUUCAUUUUACUCUUGUAAUACAAACGAUUGUGUAUUUUGUUUGUAAAUCCUAUCACAAUGAGGAUGUUUCGAACAUUGCUAAGCACCUAGACGUCGGUUAUGCGAAUUUGGGGAGCCAAAGAGAUGACAUUCAAAUGCAAAGAGCUUCAGUUUGA